UAUUUUCCGUGCUUCAUGCAGGGUCGUGGCAUUAAGCUCCUGCAGCCGGUGAAGCCUCGUCAGCGUGCUUCAGACAGUGAGGACGAGGACGAAGGCUCCUCUGCAGCGAUAGCACAGCUCAGUGUGGACGGCCUCAGCUCUCAGGAGGUGAUGGGGGCUCAGGUGUUCCUGGAUGAGAAGGGCUCCCUGCACUGGCCCGUUCUCUUCCUCUAUCCAGAACACCAGCAGAGUGACUUCAUCUCUGCCUUCUGUGAGAACAGCUGUUUUAUGGAUCACAUCGCGGUCAUGUUUGGAGAGGAACUUCCACCUUGGGAUGCGGACAGAAAAUACCACCCGCAAAACCUUCAGCUGUACUUUGAAGAUGGAAAGACGGAGACUCUCUACCAAGUCAACCCACAGACGUCGCUUUUGAAAGUGCUGCAGCAUAAAAGGUUUUUUGUCAAAGGAGGAACUCCGAGCUUCAUCGUUGUGGUGAACGGCUCACCUUUCACCAAACAGUUUUUAACAGGAAAGAAAACACAAGAACUGUAAAAACACAGGUCUCCAAAAAUCCUGAACUUUGGAAACACCAGAGGACUCACUUUGUUCUUGAAAAAGAGACACCGGCAAGGCAAGCAUGUAUGUCUGUCUUUGCAGAGAGCAGUGCAUGCUGUUCUACAUUAAAUAUAAGUGUAAAUGGCUACAACAUGGACCAUCGUGGAUUUGUUGUUUUUUAUUGACAAAAAAAUAAAUUCCAGAUUUAAAACAGAAGGAUUUUUUUACUGAAGUGCUUAAUCAGAGAAACUGAAAUGACCAGAAAUCAAUUAAAGAGAUAAAAUCUACAAACUGAAUGUU